AUAUUUCACAGUUAAUAGUGACCAAGAUUGAAAUUUAACUAUUUUGGGAUUUAAAAAUAAUAGGGGUAAAUCUUCCUAUUCAUCGACUAUAUACUCAAUUAUCCUCUACAUAAAACAAACACCAUCGUCAUCAGAUCUUAAGUCCGGUUAUAUGUUAGGUUGCAGUUAUACUCUCUGCUAUAAGUCACUCCCGAAUCCAACCCCUCACCAACUCACAUACUAUGGCAAGCCCAUUCUAUUCCCGAAACUACCUAGGAAGGCUACUUGGAGACUGUUACUAUGGAAGUGUAUUCUGACAUCAUCUCUGCAACUCUAUAAAGGACCUGUUUUAUGUAUUUUAUUUGAUUUAUCUCAUAUGCUGAGAAGCGGCAUCCUAAGUCCUCAGGGCUACAAUUUCUAUUCAGACAGCGUACUAACGAUUAUGGCAACCUUUACGCUAGCAUCCUGGGCCACAAGUCUAACCUACGCCAACUUAACUGCACCCGUGGUCGACGCAGCCGUCAAGAGCAUCUACAACUGGGCCGGCUGCGCCAUCGGCGGGUUCGCACAAGCUGCACCACAGAUCGCGCUCAACACGUCAUUAUCCGCAGGUUUUGGCGGGCCGCCGACGUCUAGUAUCCUCGGUCUGAACGGCUCACUGGAUGGAAAGGGGGUGGGGUUCGGGAUAGAACCAGGGUUUGCGGACGCACAAGUCGCUGCGUUUAUCAAUGGCAUCGCGUCGCAUGUUGAUGACUACGAUGACACGCAUCUCGCGAGUAUAAUACAUCCUACAGGGGUGGUAGCGAGUGCGCUCUUUGCCAUUGCUGAAGCUGAGUCUCGAUCUCAGGGAAAUGGAAAUCAAGCCACCGGAGGAGUGUCAGGAACGGAUUUCCUAACCGCUUUUGUCGCCGGCAUCGAGGCCGAGCUUAAACUUGGAUUAUCGGUCUACCCGGAACACUACGACGUGGGGUGGCAUAUUACAAGUACGACAGGUUCUGUGGGCGCGGCUGUCGCAGUUGGCAAGCUAUUAGGGCUGGAUACGGAGCACCUUCAGCACGCGAUAGGAAUCGCCUCUACACAAGUCAUCGGGAUGCAAGCCUUUUUCGGCUCAAUGACCAAAUCGUUCCACAUCGGGCGCGCGACGCAAGGGGGCAUGCUAGCCGCGCUCCUAGCACAGAAAGGAUACACAAGUUCACUCACAGCCCUGGAGGAUAAAUACGGUUGGCUACACGUAGUCAGCACACGCGAGAAUGCAUCGGCCAACUUUGCGCAACUAGGAAAGGGAACUUGGGAGAUCGAGAGGAACACAUUCAAGCCAUUUCCAUGCGGCAUCGUCAUGCACCCUACCAUCGACGGGUGCAUCCAGCUACAUAACCAAGUCCUAGACGAGGGAAAGUCGAUUGAAUCGAUUAAGAGCAUUAACCUACGCGUAAAUCCAGAAGUACUGGUACUCACCGGCCAGACAGACCCGCAGACAGGGCUCGAAGGCAAGUUCAGUAUAUACCACGCCGCCGCUGUUGCACUGUUAUACGGCCAAGCAACUCCCACGCAGUUUACAGAUCAAGUUGUACAGAACGAGACAGUAAUAAGCAUGCGGAAGUUAGUCAAUGUCACCACGGACAACAGUGUAGGCGAGGACCAAGCGUACACCACAAUAACCUUCAACGACGAUAGCACCAAGGAAAAUUACAUCGAACACGCAAUUGGAAGCUUAGAGAACUCUCUGACUGUGGAGGAUCUAAAGACAAAGUUCAUCGACCAAGCCUCGCGCCAAAUUGGAAGUGUAAGGGCAGAGAGAGCAUAUAACUCUUUCACAACUAUUGGUAAUAUAACCGAUGUAGGGAAGCUAAGGUCAUUAUUCUAAAAAUCGACUAUAGUUAUGACUGUCACUAAACAUAGUAUCUUUAUACGGUUAGUUAAUAAACAAAUG